CCUCACCAUUUCCCCCUCCCCAACCCCUCAAACUCUCCCCCUACUUGGCCUUUCUUUAGAGUCUAAGGGGCCAUAUCAAUGACCCCUCUCUCCACUGCCCCCUACCAUCCUCCAACAGCCCAAGUUGUGGAUUUCAUCUGCAGUUUUGUCACUCACAGUGCAAAUCUCAAAUGACACCUGAUUCCCUGCAGUAUGCUACUUUUCACCAUAGGGAGAUAGGGCAUGUAGUGAACUAAACAGUGAACUAUAUAGGAGAUAGGGAGCCAUUUGAGACAGUUAACCAGCUCACUAACACAGUGAGGUGGAACCUCUGUUUUAAAGCAGAGAUUCUAAAGGCAGUUGAGUUGAUUUAGCCUCUGUUCUAUAAUAACUUAAUGUGAGCUAUUUUCUGUUGAAUGUAUUCUGUAUGGUACCAUAGCAGCUGUUCAGAACAGUUUCAGACCCACCAUUGCCGUUCAAUGUUUGAUUAUCAUUUACAGUAUAUCUGCAAAUACUGUGUGUGUGUGUGUGUGUGUGUGUGUGCGCAAGUUAGCGUGUUUUACCUGGCUUAUUGUCUUAAGGACUGAAGAGACAGUCCUCUUGUUAUGAACGUGUUCACUGUUCACUGCUCGUUCACACUGCUGUAUUGACUAUGACCUGCUCUUACUGAGUUUUCUGACUGGCGCUACAUUUCAGCUGGUGGUAACAGUUCAAUCCAUUUACCAAACAGCUUUGACUAUCAGCUUUUCUAUGUUGUGUGUUUCUCUAUGAGUGUUCAGUUUGCUUGCUGUUGCAACCAAAGACAACCACAUACGGUGAUUCACCAUCGAAGCUCGCCUGUUUUCAUAUACGAACAUGAUGACCACACACCCCCUCCGAACCCAAACCGUAACCUCUCUACCCCCUAACCCCCUUCCUCCCUACCCACCUCUAACUCUUAGUAAACUUGCUACUGUAGAUGGACUCUGUUUUGCUACUCCUGCCAGAGCUGACGGGCUGCUCCCGGAUUGGGAUACACGGACUAGGCUUUAGUAAACUGUAGACCAGGGUUGCACAACUCCAGUCCUGGAGGGAAGUAGUAUACGCAGGUUUUAGUUCCAGCCCAGCACUAACACACCUGAUUCAGCUAAUCAAGAUCUCGAUGAUUGGUUGAUUAGUUGAACCAGGCAAGUUAUUGCUGGGGUGGAACAGAAGCCUGCAUAUACUGCAGACCUACAUAACUACCUGCUAUAGGCAGGGCACUGGGACUUCCACAGGCCGAGACAAAGUCACACGCGCUGAUGGGAUAUAUAUGCCCUCAUAUCAAAUGACAAAAGCAGUGUCUGGUGGGAAAUGUAUGCUCAGUCUGCCUCUGGCAUUGUGAACUCUUAACUUGUGUGUGAGAGUCCGUGUGGUGAAGAGUGACUGCUCAAUGUUGAAAUACGUAACUUAUGUAUAAACGUAGUGUCUGUUAGAGGAAGGUACGCUCCAUAUUCUGGCUGUUUCAGAUGUGAUUGUACUGCCACCUAGUGGCGCUCCAUUGCUAUGUCAGUGUUUUACUCUUAUGGAGGCACUAAUGAAAACUUGGGGGAAAAAAUGUACAUUUGUGCAAGUGUUUUAUUUAAAAAACAAUAAAUGAAAAACGGACCCAAUGUGUCUUUUUCUGAUGUAUUUUGUCUUUGAUUUGCCUUGUGUCGUUGUUUACAAGAAAUACUUCUACAGACCAAAUAAUAUUGUUCUACAAUUGAUUUGCAUUUUAUUCACAUAUCUUACGUUAUCUCACAUUGUCUCUGGUCUUAGAGCUCGAUUCAAUCUGUAUUGUUGAAGUUCAGCGCUGUGGCGCGAUUAAAAUGUAAAGGCAGUGUUCAAGCAUUCGUGGAGACUGCAUUCACGGUUAACGCUGCAUAUUAUAUAUCGGCUCCAUUGGAAAUGACCUUUACAUUUCAAGCGGAUUGAAUCGAGCCCUUAGUGUUUCUAACUGACAGAGAAUUAGGUCAGAGUGGAAGCCAGUUGUCUCUAUGUGCAUCUGUCUGGGAUGACCACAUACCACAGGUUCAUACACACACACACACACACACACACACACACACACACACACACACACACACACACACACACACACACACACACACACACACACACACACACAAAUUCCUACCAAGAGCAUCACUUCAGGAACCUCCUGGUACUGUCAGAAUGCUAGUUGUGCACUAUGGACGAGACACAUGGAAAGUAUGUGUUCUUGCAGUGUGUGUAUACAGGAGAGACAGUGUGUUGGAUAUAGUAUGUUGGCCUCCAGUAUGAAAUGGGUGGUGUUGUUGUGGGGGUAGUGUGGAUUAACCACCUGGUUUCACCCGCCUCACCAGCUGACAGGUUAAAUACAGACACAGCUAUAUAUACAUAUAUACAGUCCUAACAUCAGCCUGGAAAAUAUGAAGAAACACUCUAAUAAUAUCACUGCAGUCAGUAAUGCAUGGACAAUCUAAACCAUCCUAUAUGAGGGCUGGACUGGUGAAGAAAGGAAAAGUUGACAAAAAGGGAAGGUCACACACACACAGCUGCUGUACUCGUGUGGAUAGGAAAGGGGGCGGGAGAAUGAAAGAGAAAAUGAAAGCUGUCAGCAGAGACAGAGAGCGAAGGAAGGAUGAUGCAGCUCAAAUGAGGUAAAUGAAUAAAAACAUGGAAGGAACCUCCGUCUACACCUCCAUCCAACUCAGGGAACAUCUGGGGUGCCAGGGCAACAUGAUUUCUGUUCUAUGGUGAUAGUGUUGGACUUGUUAACAUCAAAACAAAGGUUCAAGAAAUAACUUCUGGACAUUUCUCCUAGCCUGUUGCUGUAAGGUUAUACAUUUCCGUCUAACCAAAGAGAGACUACGUUCCUCCUGAAGUGUAAUUAUCAACAGCUAUCCUCCCUGAUGUUUCUCUACAUUCUGAAAACCAACUGAGUGCCUGCAGACUGUUUGAUGCUCUCAAGAGUGAUCCUUAUCCUUACAGUAGUCCUCCAACAACAUUUCCACCAUAAUGGUCAGGUUCUUGGUUCUGGCCCUCCUGUCUCUGGCUGGUGUGACCCAGACCUCCGCUAGCCCGACCCAGGCCUCGGAGCCCCCUAACCCCACUGAGGAGCAGCCUCCCUUAGGUACAGGAAGCCUCUCAUUCCCUUGGAGCCACCUCCGUCUUCCGGGGUACAUUGUUCCGCUCCACUACCAUCUCCUGCUCCACCCUAACCUCACCAUGCUCAGCUACAGCGGUACUGUCCGGAUAGAGCUCCAGGUUCAGAACAAUACCAACUGGGUGGUGCUGCACAGCAAGGGGCUCCGUAUCACUACAGCAACCAUGUUGGACCAGAACCUGGCUCACCUGUCAGACAAGGUGCUCCCUGUGCUCCACAAUCCUACCCAUGAGCAGACUGCCAUCUUCUCUCCCAGAGUGCUCAGUGGUGGGCAGAAGUACUUCCUAUUUCUGGAGUUUGGGGCGGAGCUAGGAGAAGGCUUCUAUGGCUUCUACAGGAGCACCUACAGAACCAGCAGCGGAGAGACACGGAACCUGGCCUCCACUCAUUUUGAGCCCACCAGUGCUCGGAUGGCGUUUCCUUGUUUUGAUGAGCCGAGCUUCAAGGCUAAUUACUCUAUCAGUAUCAGGAGGAGCCGGGCACACACCGCCCUGUCCAACAUGCCUGUAGAGCAGACAGUGGUCCUGGAUGAUGGUCUAAUGGAGGACCGUUUUGCUGUGAGUGUGAGGAUGAGCUCCUACCUGGUGGCCUUCAUCGUGUGUGACUUCAGAUCUGUCAGCGCAACAACGGCCUCAGGGGUCAAGGUAUCUGUCUAUGCUGCUCCUGAGAAAUGGCAGCAGACCCAUUAUGCUCUGAAGGCUGCAGUCAAACUACUGGAGUUCUAUGAGAAAUACUUCAACAUCAAAUACCCACUACCUAAACAAGACCUGGUUGCUAUCCCAGACUUUCAGGCCGGAGCGAUGGAGAACUGGGGUCUGAUCACCUUCAGAGAGACCAGCCUGCUCUACGACCCCGCCACCUCCUCAGGCUCCGAUAGGGUCUGGGUUACCAUGGUGAUCGCCCACGAGCUCGCCCACCAGUGGUUUGGCAACCUGGUGACCAUGCAGUGGUGGAAUGACAUCUGGCUGAACGAGGGCUUCGCCAGAUACAUGGAGUACAUCUCAGUCAACGCCACAUACCCCAAACUCAGAGUGGAGGAUUAUCUGGUGGACACCUGCUUUGCUGCGAUUGGUCGAGACUCUCUUAACUCCUCCCGUCCCAUCUCCAGUGCGGCUGAGAGUCCCACACAGAUUGAAGAGAUGUUCGACACAGUAUCCUACGACAAGGGUGCAUGUGUCCUGCACAUGCUCAGACACUACCUGACUGACCAAGUGUUCCAGAGUGGAAUCGUGCGCUACCUUCGCAGGUACAGCUACAGCAACGCUCACAACCAGGACCUGUGGGACAGCCUGGCCAAUACGUGUUCAGAGGAGGAGUUCAGCUCUGGAGAACACUGUUACAGCAGCAGGCAGGCAGCUAAGAACGCAUACCUGUACGCUGGGGAGCACCUGGAUCUGACAUCCAUGAUGAACACCUGGACGCUGCAGACAGGUGUGCCCUUGGUAACGGUUACUAUGCAGGGGUCUCAUCUCCUGCUAAAACAGGAGAGGUUCCUGAGGACCGCACAUCCUUCUGAUCCAGCAUGGCCCAGCCUGCAGCAGGGGUUCCUGUGGCACAUCCCUCUGACAUACAGAACUGACACCUCAACAAGUAUCCACAGACACCUAAUGACCACACUCACAGACAGUGUGGAGGUGGGGGAGGAGGUGGGCUGGGUGAAGGUGAAUGUGGACAUGGCUGGUUAUUACCUGGUCCACUAUGAUGGUUCAGGCUGGGACGACUUGAUACAACUACUGAAGGACAACCACACAGCUCUCACCUUCAUGGACAGAACACACCUCAUACACAACGCCUUCCAACUCACCACGGCAGGUCGGUUGUCACUCGAUAAAGCCUUGGACCUUAUUGGCUACCUGCGAUCAGAAAGUCACACCGUUCCCUUACUCGAAGGUUUGGGCUACCUGGAAGCUUUCUACAGGAUAGUGGAGAGGAGAGACAUACCUGAUGUCACACAAAACCUCAGGACGUACAUCCUGUGGUAUUUCCGUGAUGUGAUUGACCGUCAGACGUGGAGCGACAAGGGCUCUGUGUCUGAGAGGCGACUGAGGUCGGAGCUCCUUUCCCUGGCCUGCCAUCUAGGAGACCUCCCCUGUUUGAAACAGGCCCAGCGCAGCUUCACACACUGGCUGGACUCCAACAGCACGCUUAACCUGCCUGCAGACGUGGCAGAGACAGUGUAUUCAGUAGGGGCCCAGGAGGACACGGGCUGGGUGUCUCUCCUCCAGACAUACACCCACUCCCUCUCAGAGACGCACAAACGCAAGAUCCUCUCUGCCCUGGCCAGCAGCCGAGACACUAACAAACUAACCAGGUUGUUGGAGCUGGGUCUAGAGGGAGAGGUGAUCCGUACCCAGGACCUGGACUCCCUCAUCGCCAUGGUAGCCAGGAACCCAAGGGGACAUCAUCUGGCCUGGAGCUACGUCCAGAAAUACUGGAGCACCCUGGUGGACAAGUUCCAGUUGGGAUCGUUCUCUAUUAGAAACAUCAUCAUUGGUGCCACAGCCCAGUUCUCCUCCACAGAGGAACUCACUGAGGUGCGUCUAUUCUUUGAGUCGAUCCAUGAGCAGGCAUCUCAGCUGAGAGUGACUGAGGUUGCCAUGGAUAACAUCCAGAAGAACAUCCUCUGGCUGCAAAGGAACCUGGGAACUCUGAGGAGCUGGCUGGACCAACAGAUAGACUGAAGAGAAAGAGAGAGGCAGAG